GCCGCCAAGGAUCGCCCGCGUCCCCCCAGCGGGACCCUCGCGGCACGGAGGCAAAGGAACUAGGAUCGUGUUCGCUCGUGGCGUUGCCGUCGUGAGCGCGGCUGCGUCGGCGCGAUGACGAACAACGUGGCUGACCACCACCCUGGGAACUCGGUUGCUGAAGGCAACCAUGAGGGGGACUUUGGUUGCUCCAUGGUGGAGCUGAGGAACCUCAUGGAGCUGAGGAGCACCGAGGCGGUCGCCAGGAUCAAUGACUCGUACGGAGGCGUGCAGAACGUCUGCAAGAGGUUGAAGACGUCGCCGGUGGAAGGCCUGUCCGGGAACCCAACCGAUUUGGAGAAGAGGAGGCAGGUGUUCGGCCAGAACUUCAUUCCUCCCAAAAAGGCCAAGACGUUCCUGCAGUUAGUGUGGGAGGCGCUUCAGGACGUCACGCUGAUCAUCUUGGAAAUCGCAGCCAUAAUCUCCCUGGGCCUGUCGUUCUAUCACCCGCCGGGCGGUGACAAUGAACUGUGCGGCCAGUCAACGGGUGGCGUGGAGGACGAGGGGGAGUCACAGGCUGGCUGGAUCGAGGGGGCCGCUAUCUUGUUUUCGGUGAUCAUCGUGGUGCUGGUGACCGCCUUCAAUGACUGGAGCAAGGAGAAGCAGUUCCGGGGCCUCCAGAGCCGCAUCGAGCAGGAGCAGAAGUUCACGGUCAUCCGCAAGGGGCAGGUGAUUCAGAUCCCGGUGGCCGAGAUCGUAGUGGGAGACAUCGCGCAGAUCAAGUACGGUGACCUCUUGCCAUCAGAUGGCAUCCUGAUCCAAGGGAAUGACUUGAAAAUUGAUGAGAGCUCACUGACUGGGGAGUCAGACCAAGUCAAGAAAUCCCUCGAUAAAGACCCCAUGCUGCUGUCAGGUACCCACGUGAUGGAGGGGUCUGGACGGAUGGUGGUGACUGCUGUGGGUAUAAACUCGCAGACAGGAAUCAUCUUCACUCUCUUGGGUGCAGGAGAAGGAGAUGAGGAAAAGAAGGUGAAGAAAGGUAAAAAACCCGGAGCCCCUGAAAAUCGCAACAAAGCUAAAACUCAGGAUGGUGUGGCCUUAGAGAUCCAACCCCUGAAGAGCCAGGAAGGGGUGGAAAAUGAGGAGAAGGAGAAGAAGAAAGUGAAAGUCCCCAAGAAGGAGAAGUCUGUGCUGCAAGGGAAGCUCACGCGCCUGGCGGUCCAGAUCGGGAAGGCAGGACUCAUCAUGUCAGCCAUCACAGUCAUCAUCUUGGUGCUGUACUUCGUGAUUGACACGUUUGGGGUGCAGGGCCGGCCCUGGCUGGCAGAGUGCACCCCCAUUUACAUCCAGUACUUUGUCAAGUUCUUCAUCAUCGGCGUCACUGUGUUAGUGGUGGCUGUGCCUGAAGGGCUACCGCUGGCAGUCACCAUCUCCCUGGCCUACUCUGUCAAGAAAAUGAUGAAAGACAACAACCUUGUGAGGCACCUGGAUGCGUGUGAGACCAUGGGCAACGCCACUGCCAUCUGCUCGGACAAGACAGGCACGCUCACCAUGAACCGCAUGACUGUGGUGCAGGCCUAUGUGGGAGACACCCACUACCGCCAGAUCCCUGACCCUGAAGCCAUCCUGCCCAAGGUCCUGGACCUCAUAGUCAACGGUGUCGCUGUCAACUCUGCCUACACGUCCAAGAUCCUGCCACCAGAGAAGGAAGGGGGGCUACCCCGGCAAGUGGGGAACAAGACCGAGUGCGCCCUGCUGGGUUUUGUGCUGGACUUGAAGCAAGAUUACCAGGCUGUGCGGAACGAGGUGCCAGAGGAGAAGCUGUACAAGGUCUACACCUUCAACUCGGUGCGCAAGUCCAUGAGCACGGUGCUGAGGAACGUGAAUGGCAGCUUCCGCAUGUACAGCAAGGGAGCCUCCGAGAUCAUCCUCCGCAAGUGCACCAAGAUCCUGGACAAGAACGGUGACCCCCGGCUAUUCAAGGUGAAGGACCGAGAUGAGAUGGUGAAGAAGGUGAUUGAGCCCAUGGCCUGCCAUGGGUUACGGACCAUCUGCCUGGCCUUCCGCGACUUUCCUGCUGUUUUUUUCCCGCGCUUUCCUGCUGAUGCCGAGCCAGACUGGGACAGCGAGAAUGAGAUCCUGUCUGACCUGACCUGCAUCGCUGUGGUCGGGAUAGAGGACCCUGUCCGGCCAGAGGUGCCAGAUGCCAUCCUGAAGUGCCAGCGUGCAGGCAUCACCGUCCGGAUGGUGACAGGGGACAACAUCAACACUGCCCGUGCCAUCGCCACCAAGUGCGGCAUACUGUUGCCAGGAGAGGACUUCUUGUGCCUGGAGGGGAAGGAAUUCAACCGGCUCAUCCGCAAUGAGAAGGGAGAGGUGGAACAAGAGCAGCUGGAUAAGAUCUGGCCCAAGCUGCGUGUGCUGGCCCGCUCCUCCCCGACGGAUAAGCAUACGCUCGUGAAAGGAAUUAUCGACAGCACAGUUGGCGACCAGAGGCAAGUAGUAGCCGUGACGGGCGACGGGACCAACGAUGGCCCAGCUUUGAAGAAAGCAGACGUUGGAUUUGCGAUGGGCAUUGCAGGCACAGACGUCGCCAAGGAGGCUUCAGACAUCAUCUUGACGGACGACAACUUCACCAGCAUCGUCAAAGCGGUGAUGUGGGGACGCAACGUCUAUGACAGCAUCUCCAAGUUCCUGCAGUUCCAGCUGACUGUUAACGUUGUGGCUGGCAUCGUGGCGUUCACGGGUGCCUGUAUCACGCAGGACUCUCCCCUGAAGGCUGUUCAGAUGCUGUGGGUGAACCUGAUCAUGGACACUUUUGCCUCCUUAGCCCUGGCCACAGAGCCCCCGUCCGAGUCUCUGCUGCUCCGCAAGCCAUAUGGCCGCAACAAGCCGCUCAUCUCCCGCACGAUGAUGAAAAACAUCCUGGGGCAUGCGGUGUACCAGCUAACUAUCAUUUUCACGCUGCUUUUUGCGGGGGAGAAGUUUUUUGAUAUCGACAGUGGCCGGAACGCCCCCCUGCACUCCCCACCCACCGAACACUACACUAUUGUCUUCAACACUUUCGUCAUGAUGCAGUUGUUCAACGAGAUCAACGCUCGCAAGAUCCACGGGGAGAGGAACGUCUUCGAGUCCAUCUAUCGGAAUCCCAUCUUCUGCACAGUGGUGCUUGGGACCUUUGCAGCUCAGAUCAUCAUUGUGGAGUUUGGUGGGAAGCCGUUCAGCUGCUCUGGGCUCACCCUGAGCCAGUGGUUCUGGUGUAUUUUUAUUGGAGUGGGAGAGCUCCUCUGGGGUCAGUUGAUCUGCACUGUCCCAACCAGCCACCUGAAGUUCCUGAAGGAAGCUGGACACGGCAUCACCAAGGAGGAGAUCCCAGAAGAGGAGCUACCUGAGGACGUGGAUGAGAUCGACCAUGCUGAAAUGGAGCUGCGGCGCGGGCAGAUCCUGUGGUUCAGGGGCCUCAACAGGAUACAGACUCAGAUCAAAGUGGUGAAUGCGUUCCGUAGCUCCUUGUACGAAGGCCUCGAGAAACCCGAAUCCAGAAGCUCCAUUCAUAACUUCAUGACUCACCCAGAGUUCAUCCUGGAGGAAGAUGAGCCUCGAACACCAUUCCUUGACGGCGCUGAAGACGACCCCGAGACUGAUGGACUCAAAAAGCGAGGUGGGGGUAGCCCGGGUGGAUCUACAUCCCUCAACAAAAAUAACAAUGCAGUGGACAGCGAUCAAGUCGAGGUCACCAUCCCGGAGCCCGAAAGCCCCUUACACAGCUUGGAGACAUCGGUUUGACCUUAGAACUUUGAACCCCCUCCUCCUCUCCACCUUCGCCUCUCGCCCUGUGUGAUAUCGGCACCAGUAACUGAUCACACACUGCGGUCACUUCAUGUCAAACUGCUCAUACGUAUAUCAUUUUGGGUUUUUUUUUGUUUUUGUUUUGUUUUUUUUUUUUAACAAUUAUUUAGCAGUGGGAACCAGAGUACCACAAUGCUGGGUGUUGGGAGGGGCUAAGCCAGAAUUGUACAUCUUCAUCCCUAGUUUUCAGUGGUACUCUCCCAAGCAAAACAGCCAGGUUAUUUCCUCUCCGAGAGUUGGGCUCCAUGCAUCUGUACAGGGGGUUCACUUUGAGAAAUGCAUGUUCAAAGAAAGUUCAAAUCGUCAUAGUCUUACAUGCACGCUCUCUGCCUGAGGGCUGGGGGUGCACUUGUGACUUUAUUUUUCCACUUGUGGUUUUUAGGGCUUUUUUGUUUUGUUUUUUCUCCUAAUGUUGGGGUUUGUUCCUUUGCUUGUGAAAUUUGCCCCCAGUAAGUUCACAGUGGGAAGUGGGGGGAGCUAGCACUGUGGUGCAAAAAUUAUAAACAACCAAACAGCCAGGGGGAAGGUGUUUACUCACAGGUUGAUAGAUACAGGGAUGUACACCAGUCUUCCACCUUUAAAAAUGGUACCUAGCCUUUACAGUUCCUCCUUUGUGUGUGCACACACACUUCUCUCCAUUUCCAAAGCAGUAGUUGUUAGACAAGGGAUGAAGGGGACUUUGAUGUAACCUUGCUGGAUUUGAAAGAUUCUGUUUUUUCUACAAAGCAAGGUAGAGGUGAACUGGCAAGGUGAGAGUGGUGAAGAAAAACCCCAGGAUCAUGAGAAAUGGGGCUCCUUCCUGGGGAAUCUUAAGAAAUGCCUCUCUCCUGCUCUUGAACAGCUGCAAAAGUCUUGGCAAGAGCCAUGCAACACUUUUAACAGCUUCUGCCAUCAGGAGCGGAGGGGGUCUUGGCACUUGCGUGUUCCAGCUUGCGUAUUUAGACUAAAUAAUCCUUGAGUGUUGGAGUACAAGCUGUGGUUAACUCCUAAGGAAACCCCGAGGACAAUGCAGCUGUGCCCGCUGGCUCUGCACAUCACUUCCAAAACAGUAGCAGGCUGAAGGGAGAACGAGCGUCCAGUUAUUGACAGUACAGCUGGGUCAAGUCAUAGAUCAUAGAAGGAACAAGCCAGGUAGACUCUCUAGCUGGUGGAAGGGAGAGGUGCUCCAUGGCUGAUGGGAGGACCCUUGACAUCCAUAGCUGAUUUGCCAAGGGAGGCACUUCCUUGCAGAGCUGGCAGGUUGGUUGGCUAGGUCUUCCAGAGAAGGUGCUGCAUUGAGGCUUUGCCUCACUUGCUGCUUUUGUGAAGGCCAUCUCUUCACCCUGCUUCCUGCCUAACCUUGGUCUCUUCUAAUCAUUUAUCUCCAGGUGAGACUCCAGCAGAGGCCCUGGGUGUCCUGGGCAAAAUUGCCCUGAACUAACCCUCUUGCAAAGCCAAGAAUGGGCCAGACCAGGAGACAGGAGUUUGGUUUGCUUGGGCUUAGUUUCUUCCCUGUGGGGCUCGUGUUGGUUCAUCCCCAGUUGUUGGCCCCAGAUGGGAGGGGCUGGAAAAAGCUCUGCUGCCUUCUCUCCUUUGUCCCAUGUGGUUUGGUUGGAAGCAUUGAGAACCUGGUUGUAACUGGCUGUACAACGUUGUCGUCUUUGCCCGGCCUCCUUCCCUGUAAGCAGAGAGGUUUUAGUGACAGGGUGGGGUGGCUGGUUUCUUUUUCUUUUCUUUUCUUUUCUUUUUCUUAAGAACGCACAGCAGAAUCUCCCGUGCCUUCUCCGAGCACUGCCUGCAGCACCGCCUGCCACUCGAGAGCCCAGUACUUUGCCAAGAAAUAAGUGUUCCUUAAAUGACAACAACCAAAACCCAGUGUCUUGGUUUCCUUUCCAGUCCAGCACUGACUUGUCCCUUCCUUGGGGUGGGAGGAGGGAAAGACGAGGUCACGCCGCGCCAUUCCUCUCCCAGGUAGCUGACGAAAAGCCCUUCUCCCAAGAGUCUCCUGCCUCCGUGCUGGCAAAGGCAGGUGAGCGCUGGGCUCCAUACACUGCCAACAGCAAGAAGAAAUUGCCACCACUGCCCAUCUCAGUUGCAAAUCCAGUGUCGAGACACCUGCCCCUGCCCAUGCAACCCAUCGCUGUCCUCCCCUUUUGUUCUUCACACAAGCUGAGAAAGCACCUUGGGCAGAACUGGGGGGGCGGGUGGGGGGCUUGCGGUUUGGUUAGCUGUACGCAAGUGAGGUGACAGGAAAGCUAAAGAGGGUUGGUGGGGCUUUGUUCUGUUCUAAAGGUGACAUUGCUUAAAAGAUCACUUUUUCUAUU